GACACGCGCAGAAUGAAAGUUUGUUCACGCUACAAUGAACUUUUGUAUGGCCGAAAAGAUGAAUUUGGAGGAUUAUUUUCGGUUGGUUUUCGAAGAACGACUCUCGUUAAAUAAGGCCGAACAUGAAGGCUUGACGGAUAUGAAAACAACCGCAAUGCAACUGCUGGAGGCGCGCGAGGAGAGCGCGUGCGUGAGCAGAUCAUUGGAAGCCCAUAAAGAGGAGAUGCAGAUGAAACAGGAGAGUUUAAGAGAGAGAGAAGAGAACAUUAAAAAGGAAGAGGAGAAACUGAAGAAUUCCCUACUGCAAUAUAACAAGUUUUUGCAAGCAAGGCAACUUUCUGAAACAACUGCAUCUAUCAAUGGAUGGUGUGUUUAUACUGACUUGGGGUUUGGUUCUACUUUAAUGUCUUUCUCUCCAUACAAGGAAAAUGAUGCCAGGCGGUUACGUGCAAUAAAGAAAGCAGAGGCAGAAAGAGCUCAAACCAGACUGAAAGAACUGGAGAUUCAGAAGCUAAAGACAGAGAAUGAUGUCCUGCUGGCACGAAAAGAGCUGCUGGAAGAACGUGUCGGAACCAAAUGCUACCAAGAGUUCCUCGAGAGAGCUGCAAAAAUGUCCAGAAAGUUUGAAAACCCUUGCCAAGUCAUUGACCGUAUUCAAGCACUGCAGUCCAUCAACAAGGAACUUCUAGAAAAUCAGACAGUUUUGGAGAAGGAGAGAGAAAGAACAAAGCUGGAACUGAUGCAAUACAUAAAUAAACAGCGAACUGUUCUUCUGCACUAUAAUAACCAGCUGCACCAGCUACAGACACAACUAGACAGCAUUCGCUUAGAAGCAUACAAAUGGGAGCUAAAACUGAAGCACUUCCAAACCACAGCUGCAAAGGAGACGCUAGAAUUUGCUCAGCUAAAGACCACCAUUCGUAACGUUUAUCAAAUGAUCAUUACACAUUACAUCAGGAAGAUCUCUGAGCACACUGAGGACACCUUUAAGCAGUUGGAAUGCAUCCCUGGAAGAUCUGGCAGCUUUAUAGGAUCUGGCAGCUCUGGAAGUGACGAAUUUGUAGUUCUUCAGCGAUCUGCACAGAUUCAGAAAUAUUUUCAGCUUAUGGAAGCAAUUAAUGAAGAUCUAAAUUUCAACAUUAUGCCAAAUCGAACAGAAGAGAAUGGCAUUGGUGAUUAAUCUCCAAGCUUUGAAGACAUAUCCAGUGAAAAUGGACAGAUACGCAUAAGCUAAAUAAAAAUCAUCACUGACCACACAUGUGACAAAACAAAAGACUGUAGUGAGACUGUAUGGAAAUUAAAAAGAUAAUUAUUUAUCUUCUAAUUUAAUUACAAAUUAUAUGAAACUGGGUUCAAAAGUCUUUAUGUUUCAUGCAUA